AUGACCAAGGGUACCCAAUCGUUUGGUAAGCGCCAGACCAAGACGCAUACCCUUUGCCGUCGCUGUGGCAACCGCUCAUACCACAAGCAAAAGAAGACCUGUGCCAGCUGUGGCUAUCCCGCCGCCAAGAUGAGAAAGUUCAACUGGUCCGAAAAGGCUAAGCGUAGAAGAACCACUGGUACUGGUCGUAUGCGUCACCUUAAGGUUGUUCACCGCCGCUUCACUAACGGCUUCCGUGAAGGCACCCAAGCCAAGAAGCAACAAAAGACCGAGAACUAA